GCUGCUGCUGCUGCGCUGCCAUGGCUCCGGCGCUCUCCAAGCCCGGAUCGGGGCCGCUGCCCCGCAGGCUCCUCGCGCGGUACCUCUUGCUGCUCCGCCUCUACCCGGUGCUCACCAAAGCCGCCUCCAGUGCCGUCCUGUCAGCCCUCGGCAGUUUCCUGUCUCAGAUCGUGGACAAGAGCCAUCAAAAGAAAGCGCUUGACUUGUGGGGCCCCACGAGGUUCGCCAUUUACGGAUUCUUCUUCACUGGACCUCUCAGCCACUAUUUCUACCUGUACCUGGAGCAACUGGUCCCGUCGGACACGCCUUUUGCCAUCAUCAAGAAGCUCCUGGUGGACCGGCUGUUGGUGGCCCCAGCCUUCCUCCUGCUCUUCUUUUUCAUCAUGAACCUCUUGGAGGGUCAUGACUCUGCUGCCUUCGCCAAGAAGCUAAAAUCCAGUUACUGGAAGUCCCUCAAGAUGAACUGGAAACUGUGGACUCCAGUUCAGUUCAUCAACUUGAAUUACGUUCCUAUGCAGUUCCAGGUGCUGUUUGGAAACCUGGUCGCCCUUUUCUGGUUCGCCUACCUGGCUUCGGUGAAGAAGUGACGGGGCAGGGAAGCCAGAAGGUCUUGGCAGACGCCAUCUGGGGCGGACGUGCUGCUUUGCACUUGACUUUUCGACAAGGGAUUAGAGAAGGAGGACCUGAAAUGAGAAAAUAAAAAUUCUCUUCUCUGCUGUUGUGGUAGAGUUCCCGGGAUCGUUUCUACACCCCAUGUGGUCUGGCCAGCUGCCUUGCACUUUGACCUCACACUUCCUCGUACACGAUAGAAGGGCGUCACGCCAACAUCCAAGGUCCAUCCUGCUAACAACCGUGUCUAACGUGGCAUUUGAUUAACUCCCUUUAUUCUUGUUGCAUUCCGAUUCUUGCUGAGUCAACAGCAAGCAAUAAUUCCUUUUUUAAAAAAAUCUGAACGGUGCUUAAUGCUAAAGGUGUGCUAGGAUCGGGGAAACCAGCAUAGAGUGUGUGUGUGUGUGUGUCGGGGUUUUUUAAAAAGAAAUUAACAGAAGUAGUUUUAAAUGGCAAAUGCAACUCUUGAUUUCCUUUUGUGGCCUUAUUUUCUAGUGCGGGGGAGGGCUGAGCGGAGCCUACUCUUGAAAUAAUAAUAGUGUUCUGUAACUAAGAGCCAGAAUGCCUCAUAAAUGUGUCAACUAUGCACAUAAAUUUGCAUUAAAAAUCCUCUUCUAUAA